AGAGUUAGAAAAGGGGCCGUGCUGAACUGAAAAUCAGAGUGAGAGCAGGAGAGGAGAUGGAUUUUUGUUGAAUAAAUAUCGGUUUCAGAGGAAUAUUUGUUAUAUACAUACCCAACCAUGGCCCAGCCAGCAUCCACUGAGCGUCAGAACCUCCUUGACCGUCUCCUGGAUGCUGUCAAGCAAUGCCAGGUAAGGUUCGGCGGACGUUCGGAGCUUGCUACCGAUGCAGACAGUCGCGUGUCUUGCCUUUGUGCCCAGUAUGAAGCAGUCUUACACCACGGUCUCAAGAAACCUUCAACAAAUCCUCUCAGUGCUCUACAACAGAUGACUGGUCUGACCAUGCCCAAUCUACCACUCAUCAAACCUGAUGUUGAACCUGUGUACUGGCCCAUCAUAAAAGAGCAACUGACACCGCAUGAGAUCCAGCGUUAUAGUGCCCUCAAGCAUAUAACCACCGAUGCUGGCCGUGGAAGGGCGUGGCUUCGAAGCACUCUCAACGAGCACUCCCUGGAGAGAUACAUGCAUAUGAUUCUCAGCGGAACAAAUAUUAUCAAACAGUACUAUGAGCCAUGGGCUUUCUUACUAGAUGAAGAGAGAUCUACGAUGUUACCCACUAUGGCUAGAGGCCUAGGAUCUAUUCUCUUUGCUAUCAAUAUUGACAACCCAGAGCUUAAUGGUAGUAAACAGCCUACAGCACUGGAGUCUCUCUCUUCAUUCAUCCAAGCCCCUGAUACAGUCCAGGCCUCAAACAUCCAGGAACAAGACCCAGAACCUGUUAUAGUAGCCAGUGUUGCAUCACAAGGUCAUAAAGAGAAGAAGAAGAAAAAAGGCAAGAAGAAAGGUUCUGUGUCUAUAGUAUCUUUCAAUGACAAUCAAGGCUCGUCAUCAUCAUCAGUACUAGCAGGAUCUCCAUCAUUUAAAGUCAAUCUUGUAGAUACAGGACGCAAUGAAUCUGUAGAAUCCCAUGAUAGUUUACAAGACUUUGCUCUGAGUAGCGAUACUGGACGAUUCACAGCGCAAGGUGUGGGCAUAUCUAGUCAAAGCACUGGAAGCCCAGCCUUGUCCGGUGCCACAGAUGGUAGUUCAGGUUCACUACGAUCAGACAAAGACACAGAAUCUACAAGUAGUAGUGGACGUUUGAGUGAUCAAGGAACAGUUCAACCUUCUGGAGUGUUGGCACCAAUAGUUAGAAGUGAUGUAAAUGAUAAUGAGGUAGAUAUACCCAGGGACCAUUCUUCGACGUCUGAAGACCUCCCAGUGUCGUUUCCUGCGACCACGCCCCCUUCCACGCCGCAAGAGGCAUCGCUUCUGGAUCAAUACCAGAGGAUACGCAACUCAAUGAAGAACCACGAGAUGGAGAUCACACGGCAGCAGAUGGCACUCGUCAACGGGAGUGUCACACCGAACGCAGGGGGCGGAGAUCCUGAGCUUCACUCGCGAGAGCUGUACUCUGCGUUCCCGGCAAAAACUCCACCAUCGACGCCGCUGGAAACUUCCACGCUGGCUCAGUAUGAGAAGUUACGGAACUCUGUGGAUGCAACUGAGGUCAGCGAUCAGUUGCGUCAGGACAUUACCAUCUCAACUCCUGAAGGAACAACCACAAGGAGUAUCUAUGAUACCUUUGGUGCAGGAGAAAGAUUGUCCAAUGGGGAUGGUGACAUUGAUGUAACUGCUGAUGAGGAAUCGUCAUCCUCUACAAAAAGAGCCAGCGUAGAGUCAACGGAUAGAAUGAGUCCUGCUCUAAGUAAAGGCAGUUUUCAUCUACUUGGUGAGGAGUCCGAUGAGGCAAUGUUUCCUGUGGCUCAAGAUGAGAUCCAGUCUAAUGAUUCAAGUGUGCUAAUGUUUGGUGCUGAGACUGAGAAUGCUACGUUGGGUUUAGCUCUCGCACAGAAAGGACUCACAGAUAGCUCAUUGGUAGAACUUGGUAGAACAGAGGAGACAGAUAGAAUAGCUUCUGACAUGUCGACAGAUGAUUUGAGACAAGCGCUUCUAGCUACUAUGAAUCGUAAUGAUGAUUUGCAAGAGAAAAACAGAUCACUACGUGCACUGUUAGAUAGCGAGAUGGAACACUCGGCUUCUCUCAGGGGUCAACUAGAAGAACUGAGGGUCAAAGAUUCUGACAUGCAAGAGAAAUUAGACUCACAAGUACAGGCUCUUACAAGGGAAAAUGAACUCCUGAAGAAUCAGUUGAAGAAGUAUGUAGCUGCUGUUCAGAUGCUAAGAAGAGAAGGGUCUACUGGAGCAAUUGAAGGGCUACCAGGUUUCAGACCGGAGGAUACUCAACCAGCCAUACCGGAACCUAAACAAAAUCUCAUAGAUUACAGUGAACAAGCUGAGCAGUAUGAACACAAGUUGAUCCAGGUAGCUGAGAUGCAUGGUGAGCUGAUGGAGUUCAAUGACUAUCUUACAAGACAGCUGAAGGCUAAAGAUUCUCUUAUCAAGGUAUUGAGAGAUGAAUUGAUUGAUCUUAGAGGACCGUUACCUGAAGACAAAUCAGAUUCAGAACUCAACUCACCAGAUUCAGAAACAGCCUCAUUAGCACCUGCAACUAGAGCCCUUAUCAAUCUAUGGAUUCCAUCAGCUUUCUUAAGAGGAAAGGGUAAAGAUGCUUUCCAUGUAUACCAGAUAUAUGUUCGAAUCCGAGAUGAUGAAUGGAAUGUUUAUCGUCGAUAUUCUCAGUUCCGUGAACUCCACAUCAAGAUGAAGAAAUCUAAUGCUGUCAUCAACACUUUUGAAUUCCCUCCCAAGAAGGCUGUUGGUAACAAGGACACAAAAUUUGUUGAAGAAAGGAGGAAAAAGUUGCAGCACUAUCUACGACUGGUGAUCAAUUUUUGUGUACAGAACUCCCUCGAACUUACAGAGACACCAAGCAAAGAAACACUGAUAUCAUUAAUACCAUUCUUUGGGGAUACUAUGGCUAGGAAGCAGAGUAAAGGAAGCGGGGGAAACAAACCAAGACUGAUGGCUGGUAGGAGGGCUAAUGAGACACCAAGCUAUGAGGGACUUUGAAAGGCUGAUGGUUGAUGGGGGUAAUAAUCAAAGAUCGAUGGUUGGCAGGAGGGGUAAUGAUUCACCCAUCUAUGAGAGACUCUAAGGAAUAGGGGUAACAAUUCAAGAUUGAUGGUUGGUAGGAGGGGUAAUGAUAUACCCAUCUUUGAGAGCCUCUAAGGAGUAGGGGUAGCAAUCCAAGAUUGCUGGUUGGUAGGAGGGGUAAUGAUUCACCCAUCUAAGAGAGCCUCUAUGGAGUAGGGGUAACAAUCCAAGAUUGCUGGUUGGUAGGAGGGGUAAUGAUUCACCCAUCUAUGAGAGCCUCUAAGGGAUAGGGGUAACAAUCCAAGAUUGAUGGUUGGUAGGAGGGGUAAUGAUUCUCCCAUCUAUGAGAAAUUCUAAGGAGUAGGGGUAACAAUCCAAGAUUGAUGGUUGGUAGGAGGGGUAAUGAUUCACCCAUCUAAGAGAGCCUCUAUGGAGUAGGGGUAACAAUCCAAGAUUGAUGGCUGGUAGGAGGGGUAAUGAAUCACCCAUCUAUGAGAGACUCUAAGGAGUAGGGGUAACAAUCCAAGAUUGCUGGUUGGUAGGAGGGGUAAUGAUUCACCCAUGUAUGAGAGCAUCACAUCGUCUCUGGGCUGUUAAAACCUAUCUCAAAAUUAAAACAUUUUGAUGAGAGCUUUAUAGAAUAAGCUUGAUUUUGGAGUGAUAACAUGGGUAGCGACCUUCUUUUGCCUAGAAAGAGUUCUUAACAGGUAUCAGGAAGUUUUCAUUAAAAUAUAAGAUUAUCAACUAUUCCCAUAUUUCUAAAAUACAGCUUUUUCUAAGCUGCCCUCAAUUUUUUUUUUUUUUAAUGCGAGGUUUUAACAGCCCAACCACGAAUAAUGAUAGCUUGAAUAUUGAAUAGUGCAGUAUUGAACUCAAAUGCCCAAUGGAGUGAUUAUUAUAAAUCAUGUGAUCUUGAUUAUACAUCAUGUGAUCUUUUUUGUGAGCUUGAUUAAAUAUCAUGUGAUCUUGAUUAUACAUCAUGUGGUCUUGAUCAAACAUCAUUUGAUCUUGAUUUAUUUAUCAUGUGAUCUUGAUUGUGUAUCAUGUGAUAUUGAUUAUAAAUCAUGUGAUCUUGAUUAUAAAACAUCAUGUGAUC